AUGGCAACUAAAGCACUUAAGAAUGAAAACCAAUUGCUACGAUCAGAGAUUCAAGACUUAAAGAGUCAAUUAAAUAAAGUCAGUCAAGAUUUAAACACACAAAUGAGUAUUGCAAAGACGGCCAUUGAAAAGACACAAGAUAACGCCAAUCCAAAUCACUUCGAAGGCGAAGAACAAUCUAAAGCCAUAGAAUUUUUGAGUAAACAGUACGACGAUCUACAUGCUUUUCGCAAACAAGCCAGCCAAGACCUUAAUCGCAUCGACAAAAAUCUAGAUAAGGUCAGCAGAAGGUGUGAUGAAAUCGCCGAAGCAAUUGAAGCGAGCGAAGAAUACAGCUACCAGUAUAAUAUAAAAAUAACUAAUGUACCUCAAAUCAGUGAAAGGGAAUCGGCAGAAGCUACAGCUAAACUUUGUGUUAAGCUAUUUUCAGCUAUGGGCGUGGAAGAUGUCUCUCUUCAAGACAUAGAUAUUGCACACCGCGUUCCUCAUCGCAGGGCUUCACAGUAUCCCAAUGCAAUAAUAUGCAAGUUUGUUCGACGACUUGCAAAAAGAAAAGUCAUGGCUGCUCGUAAAGAAUCGUCUAGUGUAACAUCCGAACAGCUUGGUAUCGGAACGAUCAGCAAUCCUGACUUUCGAGUGAAUAUAUAUGACCAUCUAACGCCCCGCCUACAAUCACUUCUUUACGAAACUAAAAAAUAUCAAAAGACGAUGGGAUACAAGUUCUGUUGGGUCAAAAACAGUUAUAUUUGCUUACGAAAAGCUGAAAAUUCACGAAUGACCAAAAUGAAAUCACUACAAGAUCUUACCAAUUUAAUACAACAGGACUCAACUGGCAAUGACUCAAUGAUGAAUGAUUAA